AUGGUUCAGGGUGGAGAAUGGGAAGAGGAUAGAGAAGUAAGGUGCAGGAAAGAGUUGAGAAUCAGGAUGCAGUUAAGAGAAGAGAGUGGAGAAGUCAGGUUCUGGAUUAAGUCCAGGAAAGUGGGUGGAGAAGUAAGGUUCGGGAUGAAGUGCAGGGAAGAGGAUGGAGAACAUAUCACAAGAACUGAAGGAGACAUACAGCUUGAGGGUUCUAAUGCUAGUGCAGAGGAGAUGGAUGAAGGAGUAGAUUCUAACUCAGUCUCUGGGAUAGAUCAUAUAGUCAGUCAUAGACUAGUAGAGACAGAUCUUAUACUCAACCAUAGACUAGUAGAGACAGGGUUCGGGAACAAGAACGACUACAUGGUCUACCUGAAGGACUACAUGAAGAAGGUGGUCAAGUACCUGGAGACCCACGACAGGGCUGGGGAGGUUGACACCUUCAAGAAGAACAUCAAUGGGGUCAUGAAGGGACUCCUCUCUAAGUUUAAGGAUCUCCAGUUUUUCCAAGGUGAGUCUAUGGAUCCCACAGCUAUGAUCCUUAUCCUGGACUACAAGGAGAUAGAUGGAGAGGAAAGACCCGUCCUGCUCGCCUUCAAGCAUGGGCUAGAGGAGGAGAAAUGUUAAACCUCAACCCUGUUAUCAAACCUCAACUCAAUCUCAACUUUUUUAUUCAAAGUUCCAUGGUUUUACGUUUCAAACUUUCUUUUACGCUUCGUGCUGGAUUUGUUUUGUAAACAAGCUAUUUCCACUCAUGUAACGCCAUAUUUUGCGUAAUGGAAACAAAUAAUUUCUACUCAAUUUUGCGUAAUGUAAUGUAAGUUUCAUAACUACUCAUAGGAUAUUGUUCCAUUACUUUUUAAAUAUAGAAAUAAAUUGUUUUAAAACCUGA